AUGGAGCUCAGUCAUCUUCCUCUUGUGCUCUUGCUGAUUUCAAACAUUCACUCUGAGGACACUGAAGAAAAUCCUAAAGCCAGUGUGAGAAUUACUCCUGAUCUGCAUGUGUUCAGAGGAGAGUCAGUCACUCUCAGAUGUGACAUUAAUGCUGAAGGAGUCUCUAGCUGGCGGUACAGCUGGCGGUACAGCUGGUAUAAAGAAGGUUCAGCAGGUGUAUUCGGAUAUUUACGGGAAUAUAUAUUAAAGGUUGUUACUAAGUCUAACACAGGUAAAUACUUCUGUAUUGGCACUGAGAGUAAAGGUUCACGCAGAUCACUAAUGAGUGAUGCAGUUCCACUGACAGUAUCAGAAAACCCUAAAGCCAACUUGACUAUUACUCCUGAUCUGCAUGUGUUCAGAGGAGAGUCAGUCACUCUCAGAUGUGACAUUAAUGCUGAAGGAGUCUCUAGCUGGCAGUACAGCUGGUAUAAAGAAGGUUCAGAUUAUGCAUUCAGUGAAUUACAGGAAUACACAUUAAGGUCUGUUACUGUUGACGCAGGUAAAUACUCCUGUUGCACUGAGAGUAAAGGUUCACGCAGAUCACUAAUGAGUGAUGCAGUUCCACUGACAGUAUCAGACAGAGCCCAGACAGCUUUAAGUGUUUCUCCACAGAACUGGUUGACUGAAGGAGAUUCAGUGAUGAUCUGUGAGGUUUACGGCUCCUCUACAGGCUGGACAUUCAGCUGGUACAUCAUACUCGUUCAGGUAAACUACAGUGAUCAUUAUUAUUUUUAUUAUGAACCGCUCUCAGACAGCAGUAGAGGAGCUGAAGGAAAAUACACUGUCAGUUCUGUUGCUCUAAAACACACAGGAGUUUAUGUGUGUGAAGCAGAGAGAGGAAAACCAGCCUAUAAAACAGAAAUGAGCAACACACAGCCACUGUGGGUCACUGGUGAGGUUUCUCCUCCAGUCUCUCUGGUCAUCAGUCCCAGCAGAGCUCAACACUUUACAUCUGACUCUCUUUCUCUGAGCUGUGAAGACAAGAGUAACUCUACUGGAUGGAGAGUCAGAAGAUACACAGACAAGGGAUGGAUGAGUGAUUGUUCAUCAGAAACAGGAUCUACAUGUACAAUCAGCCUCACCACAUCAGACACUGGAGUUUACUGGUGUCAGUCUGAGUCUGGAGAGAAUUAUAAUCCUGUUAAUAUCACUGUACACUCUGGUGUGAUUCUGGAGAGUCCUGUUCAUCCUGUGACUGAAGGAGAUACUCUGACUCUACACUGUUUAUAUAAAUCUACAACUCCAGCAAAGCUCAGAGCUGAUUUCUAUAAAGAUGGAUCACUCGUCCAGAGUCAAACCUCAGAGAUGAUCAUCACUGCUGUCUCAAAGUCACAUGAGGGUUUCUACUACUGCACCCCAGAAGGAGAGUCACCCAAGAGCUGGAUCUCAGUCAGAGCGUCUGGUUCAGAUUCUCAGAUCUCUGUCUUCAACAUACUCAGUUCUGGUCUGGCAUCUUUUCCAUAUCUGCUAGUGACAGUCGUGCUGAUUGUCAAAUGCUGUAGAAUGAGAGGAAACACGACUGAAUGA